CACACACACACACACACACACACACACACACACACACACACACACACACACAUAUGGUGAGUCAGUAGCAGCGACUCACACUCGCAGAAGCUGACCGUGGUGAGCACUGCAGGUGUACAGGAGAACCUCUCAGGAGCUUGUACUUCAGCUGGAGGAUGGAGGAUCAUGGAUGGAGCUCUACUCUGUGCACCUCUGCUGGUAUUGGUGGGCUGGCUGGCUGUGUGCAGGAUGCAAGCUGCAGCAGGAAAUGCUCUAAAAGCAGUUUGGGCGUCGUAGUGAAUAGAGGAAGUGUAAGGAGUCACACUUGCUCAAGCUAGACACUAACGACCAUGAUUCCCACAGCGCACUGUUCCAGCAUGCACCAGUGUGCCCUGAUCUCUGAACUCUUAAAGAUGUGACCGGGCCGCUCUGCUCGUCUUCAGGAUGACCAUGAGGAAGGUUUUGAGGGCCCUGCCUUUGGCCUUGGUGACCAUCGUCGUGUACUUCGUGUUCCUGCAACUGCAGACACACACCAAGGACAGUCCAAAGCUCCCCCUGCAGGACAGCCGGAGAAAAGGCCCGCUAAGGGUGGAGGACAUCUUCAUCGCCGUGAAGACCACCGGCCGGUUCCACAGCAUCCGCCUCGCACUGCUGCUGGACACAUGGAUAUCCAGAACCAAGAAGCAUACAUAUAUCUUCACAGAUACUCCAGAUCAGGAGAUCAGCUCUCGAGGUUUUAACCUUAUAGUCACCAGUUGCUCUCCUGAACACAAUCAUCAGGCUCUGUCCUGCAAGAUGGCUGCUGAAUAUGAUCAUUUCAUGGCCUCUGAUAAAGAGUGGCUGUGUCAUGUGGAUGAUGAUAACUAUCUAAACCCCAGACCUCUGCUGGACCUGCUCACCACGUUCCCCCCGAACUCCGACGUUUACAUCGGGAAACCCAGCCUGGACCGACCAAUGAGAGCUCAGGAGCUGCUGGAGGGAAACAAGACGCGUGAGGUGAGCUUCUGGUUCGCUACAGGAGGAGCCGGGUUCUGCAUCAACAGGGGACUUGCUGAGAAGAUGGCUCCAUGGGCCAGUGGUGUCCGGUUCGAGCAGACUUCAGCGGUGAUAAGACUACCUGAUGACUGUGCGAUGGGCUUUAUUGUGGAGAAGCGUCUGGGUGUCUCCAUGAUCCACAGUAACCUGUUCCACUCCCACCUCGAGAACCUGCUGAAGCUCACACCAAGAGAAAUACUGAACCAGGUUACCUUGAGCUACGGUGUGUUUGAAAGUAAACUGAAUACUGUGGAGCUAAAGGGAGCAUUCAGUUCGGAUGAAGAUCCUUCCAGGUUUAAAACACUCCACUGUCUGCUGUACCCCCUAACCAGCUGGUGCCCCUGAUAAACUCACAGAACACCUCUGAAGAACCAGUGCAGAACUUGCUGGAACCGCGAAGAUAUAGUGAAAAUGGUUACCUACUCUUCCUACUAGAUAAUGUUUUUUGAGGGAUUAAGACUUAAGGAUUGCAUAAAUGCCUGAAGAAGAACAACACAGAUAGAUGCCUAAAGAAAAAGCACCUAGACGCCUGAAAGAGGACUACACAGUUGCCUGAUGGAGAAUCACACAGUUGUCUAAAGGAGAACUAUACAGUUGCCUGAAGGAUAACUAUACAGUUGCCUGAAGGAGGUCCAUACAGUUGCCUGAAGGAGACCACCUAGAUGCCUGAAGGAGAACCACAUAAAUGCCUGAAGGAGAACUACAUAGUUGCCUAGUGGAGAACCACACAGUUCCCUGAAGGUGAACCACACAGUUGUCUGAAGAAGAAGAAGCACCUAGAUGCCUGAAGGAGAACUAUACAGUUGCCUGAAGAAGACCCAUGCAUUUGCUAUAUGGAGAACCACACAGUUGCCUUAAAGAGACCCACACAGUUGCCUUAUAGGAGAACCACACAGUUGCCUGAAGAAGAACCAUGCAGUUGCUUUAAGGAGACCCACGCAGUUGCCUGAAGGAGACUCACACAUUUGCUUUAAGGAGAACCACACACUUGCCUGAAGGAGAACUACACAGUUACCUGAUGGAGAAUCACACAAUUGUUUGAAGGAGAACCACACAGUUUCUUGAAGAAAAAACAUACAGAUGCCUGAAGGUGAACCACACAGUUGCCUAAAGGACAAGCAUCUAGAUGCCUGAAAGAGAACCACACAAAUGCCUGAAGUAGAACUUCAUAGUUGCCUAGUGGAGAACCACACAGUUCCCUGAAGGAGACCCACGCAGUUGUCUGAAGAAGAAGCACCUAGAUGCCUGAAGGAGAACCACACAAAUGCCUAAAGGUGAACUACACAGUUGCUUGUUGGUGAACCACACAGUUGCCUAGUGGAAAACCACACAGGGGGUUGAUGUCCUUGCUUUGUGAACUGGUGUGCGGUCAUGUUGGAAAGUUGGGGACAUGAAUUUGUGUAGAAUCUGGGUAUGCUGAAAUAUUAAGAGUUCCUUUCACUAUAACUAAGGGGCCAAACUCCUGAAAAACUACCCUACACCAUAAUCCCCCUCUACCAAACUUUACAAAUGUGCACAAUGCAGUCAGAGUUAAGUACAGUAGUACGUAUAGACAUACACUUGGCAAUUAUCAAACCCAGACUGAUCCAUCGAAUUGCCAGACAGACUCCACUGCUCCUCUACAGUCGGCCAUGGAAACCCAUUCCUUGAAGCUCUCUUUGCUCUACUGCGCUUAAGCUAUCCUACAGUUUAAGAACCUUUAAUUGUAAACAUGGUUCCCAGAACCAUACAUUUUUAUGUCAAGUUGUCUUGUUUUCAGAGGUUCUCCUCUGUAUGUUUGUAAAUUUCUGCUGCUGAGCUUUGCAGCCUGUUAGCGUGAUCCUUGUGGAUGCUAACAGUUAUUCUAAACUGAGAAUUUUAUGGACAUAGCAACAGUAUCGAAGUGGUACUAUUUUGGGAAUAUUUUGCCAGUGGUCAGUUUAGAACGCAGGCACGGACUGUGCAAACAGCGGAAUAACAGCAGUAUUCAAUUUGAGACUCAAACAACACAAAAAAGCAAUGAUAAGCAUCAUAAUGUAUGUGUUUCUAAUAAAAUGACCAUGGUAUAAAGUG